AAUGUUGCUCCUCCAAAUUUCACUCAUCCGGUGAAGAAAGAGGCGGCGGCAGAGACUCGGGUCCUCACUGUGUGGCAGUUGAUGGACCGACAGUGGUGAAUCAGGGUGAAGAUAUCGCGGAAACGCGAGACGAGGAGCACCAGCAAAGGGAGUGUUCGUGUCCAAAGAGCGGAUUUGUUCUACGUUUCCUGAAAAAAGCUUGGACUAAAAUGCGUGGCAGUGAUAUGUCCGAUGAUGGGGACGAUGAACCGAAUAUGUAUGAAUAUUCAGAACUAGAGGAAUUGGAAACACCACCACGAUAUCGUCCAGAUUCACUAAGUGCCCUAUGCAGAGCAACACGUUUUUCCGAAGCUGAAAUUAAACGAAUUUAUCGUGGUUUCAAGGCUGAAUGUCCAACUGGAGUGGUCCGGGAAGACACCUUCAAGGUCAUCUAUUCACAAUUCUUCCCCCAGGGAGCGAAUAGCGGACAGUAUGCACAUUAUGUUUUCAACACACUGGACCAAGACCGAAGUGGAAUAGUUAGUUUCGAGGAAUUUGUGCAGGGAUUGUCAAUACUCUCACGAGGGACUCUAGAGGAAAAGUUGCGGUGGACCUUUUCAUUGUAUGACAUAAACGGGGAUGGAUUUAUAACCAGAGAAGAAAUGACUGAUAUUGCGACUGCCAUUUACGAUCUUGUUGGCCAUUUACCAAUCGAUCCCACAGCCACACCGGAAGAGGAUAGAAUUAAGGAGAAGGUGGACCGAAUAUUUCAGAAAAUGGACGCAAAUGGCGAUGGAGUGGUGACAUUAGAGGAGUUCCUGGACUGCUGUCGCAACGACGAAGCCAUCUCACGGUCGAUGGCCGUGUUCGACAGCUCCUUCUGA